ACGAUGAGCAUCUCCUCGACGACGUCGACGAGAUCCCGACAAAAAGCGGUCUCGAUCAAUUCCUGCUCGACGGCCCAGCGGCGAAAGUUGAGGCCGUCCCCAUCAACGAGGUGCCACUGAACUUGCCGGCCUCGUCGCAAUAUGCCGAGAACAUUGAUGAUCUGCUGAAUGAAUCCACGCCACUCGAAUCGAGGUCUGACCACUUGCCAAAGCCUACCCUGAAACGACCGGCCACAUCAGGCAUCCCACUGCUCGUCGACGAUUAUUCUGAUGAGAACGCGGCCCUUGAGGAGAAGAUUAUGAAAGCGAAGGUUCGCCGCGAACAGCUCGACUUCGAGCUCCUCGAUCAAAAACUGCGCCACGAGGCCGAACGCCACGAGCUCGAGGUCAAAUUCUUGAAGGCUAAGCUCGAACGGUUGCAGGGAAACCAGAUGUCUUUUGAU